AUGUUCUUAUUCCUACCCGUAAAUGCUUUUUCGUUGGGUGUUCAUGUUGGAAUAUCACUUUUUAUGUGGUCACAGGAAGAUACACGAACGAAAUUGUUCUGGGUGCAGUACACCAGUUGGCAGCGAUUCUUUGUGGUCGUUGCACUUUUUAUGUUAUUCUACGUUUCCGAUUGGGCAUUCGCUCUGUUUCUGUAUUUGUUCUUCCCGCUUGUUUUUCUUGCCUUCAUGUCCGGCCUGUUUGUCCACGCGUUUGUUGAAAAUAGCGAGGAGAACCACCUGGUCAUCUGCUUCUCCACAUUUAUCUCACUCCUCUCCGAAUCAACGGCUCCAUUUGAUUUCGUUAGAAGAUGGUACAGAGGGUGCCUCGGCUAUCAGUACUUCGAGACAGCCUGUCGUUUUGUUAAUUGUAGUGGUGAAUGGAUGAAAUUACGUUCGUAUUCAAUUUACACAAUAGUCACGGGCACACUGCUUAUCUGCUUGCUCGGGCCCUACCAUUUGCGACAAAUCGGAAGGGUUGAUUUGAUUUUAUUCAUGUUCAUCGCCGCUCGAAUUUUCGCCGACAAGUCCAUGCCAUAUUGUUUCGGGAGGAUUAUAGCGAUCGUGAGUUUGUACCUUGGGUUUGUCUGCGCUCGACAUUUCGAAAAGGUUCUAUCUAAAGUUUCAGGAAAAAUGAUUCGAAGGACAUCUCUAGUGACUAUUGAAGAACCGCCUGCAGACAGGCAGGUAGAGCCAGGUGCCGUCAUAAACUACAAUCGUUAUUUAGUUGACCCUGAAAACGAGGCAAGCAGUUCGAACCGGAAUAGCACAUCAUCGGAUAUCCCGGCAUCUUCUAACUCGAAUAGGCUCAGAACCGAAUCGGAUGAAUCCGAGAUAAACGCUCCAGUCCUUCCUCACUCUUUGAACCGGAGGCGAUCCAGUCCAAGCCGUCAUUUGCAGUACCUGCAAAUGCUCCACGAACAACAACAACUAGUCAUUCAACAACACGCUCAACAACAACAACCGCAGCAAAACGAUCAGCAGCAGCAACAACAACAACAACAACAUCACGACGAACAACAACAGCAACACAAUGAACAACAACAACGGCAACUCGAUGAACAACAACAACAAUAUCAUUCAUCAACAGAACAACUACAUUCUGCAACAACAGGGCGGCGACAAAGUUUAACGAGCGAACAACAACAACAUCCAACAAACGAACAACAACAACAGCAGCGGCAACAACAGCAGCAGCAGCAACAACAACAGAGAUUUCAACAUCACAGGCACAUAACACAACGAUCACUUAAUGAUAGACGAGUAUCGAUGCCAAAUCUCGACGGCAAGAGACCAAACAUAUACUACAAUGACAAUAAUAGAAAUAACAACAACGACAACAACAACAACCCAAAUAGCAACAAAUAUAACGCGAAUAACAACUUAAACAACAACAAUAAUAUAAAUUACAACAACAACAAAAACAACGAUUACGUAAACAAAAAUAGCAACAACAAUAAGUUAGCGACGGGUUACCGCAACUUUGCGGUUCUUGGCCCGGUUGAUUGGAAUGGCUUACCUCCUUACCUACGUGACCUUAACCUAUCAUAUUUACAAUUUCGAAGUCAGCUUAAAACUUAUUUAUUUGCACGAUGA